CACAAAACUUGCUGCUGCUGUGUGGUGGUGGCAGCUGCACUGCCCAAAGCCCCAGAGAAAGAGCAGAACACCUACGACUACCUCGUAUUUAUAUAUAAAUUACUUGAAGUAAGAUAUAAAAUGGCCUUCCCGCUACCGCAGUAGUUUACUCGCUGUGUCAGCAAUGUGUCUGAAAGACCAGGCAUGUGCCGUAACCUCUGUUCCAAAGGUCACAGUGCUGCUGCUCCAGGCGUCCCAAAAAACCACAGCCUGAGCCAGCGUAUCAGCAUCAUGGCUGGUCUGAAGGUCUGGUGUGUUUUGGUAGUUACACUGUGCAGUUUCUGCCAAAGAUGUAUUCCAAGUGGGAUCUCAACGCAUGUUGAAAUAGCACACAGAGCUCUGGAAUUUUUCAUUUCGCGUGAAGGGAAUGUUAAUUACAGACAGUUGUUACUAAACCACCAAGAUGCGUUUCAGGCUGGGAGCAUUUAUCCUGAUGCCUUUUAUCCUUCAAUCUGCAAAAAUGGAGUAUUCCAUGACGUGUCUGAAGACACUCACUGGUCACCAUUCCUUAAUGCAAGCAUUCACUACAUCAGAAGGAAUUAUCCUCAGCCUUGGGAAGAGGCUACAGAGAAGCUGGUGGCUUUCCUGUUUGGAAUUGCCUCACAUAUGGUGGCAGAUGUUAGCUGGCAUAGCCUGGGCAUUGACCAAGGAUUUCUAAAAGCCAUGGGAGAGAUUGAUUUUCAUGGCUCAUACUCAGAAGCUCACAGUGUUGGUGAUUUUGGAGGAGAUGUACUAAGUCAGUUUGAGCUGGACUUUGGUUAUCUGGCAUCAAAUUGGUACGUGCCUGUCAAAGACCUAGCCUCUAUCUAUGAGGAAUUUUAUGGAAGAGAGAUCAUAACUGAAAGCACAAUUACUGACUGUACUUACCUGCUGUUUCUCGAACUACAUGGAGAAAGGCUUGCUGUUGCGAAGCUUUUUCCAAGAUACGCUAGUAAAUCUCCAUUUCUUGUGGAGAAGUUCCAUGAGUAUUUCCUUGGAGGAGUGGAUGACAUGGCAUUCUGGACAAACAAUAUUUUUGAGCUGACGAGCCAAAUGCUAGAGAAUGGAACCAGUGGCUGUUUCCUGCCUGAGAAUCCUCUGUUUAUAAAGUGCACAAGGGAGCACAAGGACAGCUACAUAAACAAGCAAUCAAAAAAUGAACAUCGCAAGAACACGACCUCUUUGCUUCCAAAUACUCUUGAAAAGAAAAUAAAGUAUACAGAGAGAGGAGUUCACUUUGAUAUACAAUCUUGGGCAACAAAUUCCCUUCAAUACAUAAACCGUGCUUUUGCAAAAAAUGUCUGGAGAGUGUUAGCAUCUACACAUCAAGAAUCCUCUAAGUACAUCUCCAAGCCAGCAGCUUCAUAUUUUCUUACUUCACCAUAUGCUAGACUUGGAUGGGCAGUGAUUUCAGCUGACCUAAACCAGGAUGGAUAUGAAGAUCUGGUGGCUGGAGCACCAGGGUACAGCACCCUGGGCCAUAUUCAGAUAGGACGGGUGUAUAUAGUCUAUGGCAAUCACUCAGGUUUGCCACCAGAGGACAUGGAUCUAGAUGGGAAAGCAGAUGAAGUACUGGAGGGUCAUCAGCCUUCAGGCAGAUUUGGGUCUGCCUUGGCAGUCCUGGACUUUAAUGAGGAUGGAGUGCUAGAUCUGGCAAUUGGAGCACCUUCUGUGGGAUCUCAGUUUCUCACUUACAAAGGUGCUGUGUAUGUCUAUUUUGGAACUAAGGGAAGAGGCUUGCCAUCUCAACCAAAUGUUACCAUAACUUGUCAGUAUUCCUACUGUAACCUUGGUUGGUCCCUCCUGGCAGCUGACAUUGAUGGGGAUGGAAAUGCUGAUCUGGUUGUUGGCUCUCCAUAUGCACCUGGUAGUGGGCAGCAGAGAGGAUUUGUGGUGGCAUUUCAUUCUCAUUUCAACAGGAGUGACCAAGGACUUCUGUCUGUAGAGGAUGCUGACUGGAUGGUGAAGGGGGAAGAAAACUAUGCUUGGUUUGGAUUUUCGCUUGACAGCUGCCAACUGGAGAAUGUAACGUUACUGCUGAUUGGUAGCCCUACGUGGAAGAGCUGUGUUGGCUGCGAUCUCUUCUCAUCGGAUGUCAGGCAGAGUGUUGGGAAGGUGUAUGGAUAUAACCCACCAAGCACAAAGUAUCGGUUUGCAGUAGCUGGAGACAAGGCAAUGGGCAGAAUGGGUUUGUCUCUGGCCAGUGGUGUGAUGUCUGUGGCUGGAAUCAACAGAAAAGUUUUGGUGGUGGGUGCACCUACUACAGACAGCCUGUCUAGGAUUUCAUUUCUGUCUCCUGUGCUGCACCAAGCUGGACUAGCUCUGGUAUAUGAUCUGACAGACAGCACCAAGCCUUCUUUGCUCAGCACAUUCAGUGGGGACAGGAGGUUUUCUCGCUUUGGAGGAGAUAUAUGCCUAAGUGACCUGGAUAAUGACGGACUAGAUGAAAUGAUUGUGACAUCCCCACUGCGAACUAAUGAUAUCACCACGGUACUGUUUGGUGGGGCAGCUGGCCGUGUCUACAUUUACAGUGGAAAGCAGGCAUCCUCAGGGAACGUAACAGACCACUGUAAAUCAUGGAUAUCUCCCUGUCCUGAGGAUUGGGCACAGUAUGUGCUGAUUUCUCCUGAGGAACAGUCAAGAUUUGGGAGUUCUGUCAUCACUGUGAAAUCUGAAAGAAAGAAAGAAGUUGUAGUGGCAGCAGAGAGAAGUUCAGCGAAAGCUCGACUUGGUGGAAGGCUUUUUGUCUACUCACUCUGAACAGUCAUGGUAAUCUUUAAGACCAGGGCAAAAGUGGUGUUUUAGUGAAGAAUCUCUAUAGUAUCUGUGAUACUUUCCCUUAACCCAUACAAACCAACAAGACCACAACAGCAAACUUUAGUAGAUACACAGCCUAGAUAACUAGGUAGGGUCCCAGAUAGUAUGGAGUAAGGGAUGGUCACUGUUUUUAAGUGAUGGUGAAUCACUGAAGCUGAAUUACUGAAAUGAAUUCUUGUUGUGAAGUUAAACAAAAGAUCUAUUAAUCAAUGUUUAGCAGCACUCAAGCGCUCUACUACUUAGUACACACCUAAUAAUUAAACUAGCUAAACUAGAAUGCAUACAGAAAUGUUGCUUACCUCACCAUAAACAUCAACUACCAAGCAAGUGAUCUCUCCUAACCUCUAGGAGUAACUUUGAGAGGCAUCCCUGCCGAAGGGGAGAUCACUGCUGCAGCCCACUGCUAUGCAGGAGAGCACAAUGGGCUGUAGUGGCUGCAAAUAUUCAUAGCAUAAAGUUGUUGACUUGUAGUCAAAAUUAUUUCUUUUACUGUCACAGGCAGUUUUUUCUCUUUCAUAGUUGUAGUUUCUCAACUAUACUGGCUCUGCAUAGGAGUUCAGGUCUUUGACUGUAUGAUUUUACAUUUGCAUCCAAUUAGGCCUGUUUACUAGCAAUGCCUGAGCCAGAGUGCCACCAGCAUGAGAUGGAGGGAAUACAGCCAUCACAGGGAUGUAACCAUCACGGUGGUUUGACUUACAAAACAACCAGAGCUAAGUCAGUCAUGCAAGUAGAUAUAUUAACUCUGUUGUGAGUGGUAGCAACACUCAACCUAGUAAGCAAGCUGGUCUGAAGACUUUUUAGAGACUUGAAAUGAGCAGAAGGCUAGAUUCUGGUGGCUAUAUUUGGCUCUAUAAAUUAUAUUGAGGGGUUGUGUCAGCUUCAGCUCUAAUUAUCAUGUCACCUCCUUGACUGAUCAGGUGUGAAUAUUUUCUUGACAAAAUCAAGAUGGAAUCACACAUAAUUUACAUUCCUAGUAUAUUGUGAUACUGACAGGAGUUCUAAGACAUCAAAAGUUGCUGUCAAAAGAAUAAGCAUAGAGGAAGGGCAGCCACCCAGAACAGGUAGAUGCCAAUAAAGAUCAUCUCUGUCACUACUAAGUCUCGAGGCCCACGUUGAGGACGUAGAACAGCUGGGGUCUCCCAGGGAGAACAGCGCAAGCAAAAGUGAUUAAGUUGUAGGAAAUACUUUUGCUUUUCCACUCAUGGCUGAGACUACUCUGAUACCCUUUUUAAGUUUUUAUGUGAAAUUCCAUGACCGUGGUAACUUAGAAUUGUGCUUUUAUUGCUAACAGUAUUGGAUUCAGCUAACUCACACUAAUAUUGUAUGAUACAUGUUAACAGUGUGCAUCAGUAUCUAUUAAAAAACUUGAGCAGCAAAAUGUGAUGCUCUUAUUAUCAACACUAAUACACAGACGUGUAUGUAUCUGCAUUUCAUCAUUCUUGCCUCUGUCACAAACAUAAGGCAUUACUUUUAUUUUAAGUAACA